UAAAACUUGCUAGGUACCUAUAUAAACGAACGGACGUCAACACUCUGACCACAGUAAUCGCACUCGAGGCGUCGAGUCAAGACGGAGUCUAUCCCGGUGUCCCGCGAAAAAAACAACAACAUGCGGCUUAUUGUGAUCGCGAAUGUUUUGUGUUUGCUUUCCGCGGAUCCGUCCCGCGCGCGAGCCAUCGACGAUGACGUACCGAUCAUCAACGAUUACACGCACAACAGAGCAGAUCUACUAGAACUCGAACUCAACGAAUCUGUCGGAGGCAAACUGCAUCUCACAGAAAAAGAACAAGCUGUCAACGAUAUCCUCAUGCGCUUGAAAGAGAAAGAACUGGACAACUCUUUUGAUAACCCGCAAUUUUUCAACUUUUCUAGACCAUAUUUUACGUAUAAAGACGAUAUGAAGCACUCUAAAGUGUAUCAAUUGAUGCGACGGAUGCCGAAAGGGGCGGCGUUGCAUGUGCACAGCUCCUUGAUGCUCGACGCGGAUUACAUGGUGAAGCUGACGUAUGAGAACCACUUAUACGCUUGUCUCACAGAGGACGAUUUAAAAUUACACUUCUCCGACGCCGAGCCGCUGCGACCUUGCCCGGUUAAAUGGAAUCUCCUGAGCACACUCAGAGACGCAUCCGAUGACGUAGCCCAAUUUGACGCAAAAUUAAAGGAACACUUCACUUUAGGCACCGAAGACCAUAUGGGAUUUAAUACAAAUGUAAACGAAGCAUGGAAACAGUUCAACAAAGUUUAUUACACGAUCAAAUCUUUGAUAAACUAUAGGCCUGUCAGAGAAAAAAUGUUUUACCAAGCUUUACAGGACUUUUACAAUGACAAUGUAUUGUAUAUUGAAGUGCGCAGCGGUUUAUCCAGCUUGUACGAGCUAGAUGGCACUCAGCAUGAUAAAAUAUAUUUAGCGACUCUUUAUAAGGAAGUUACGGACAAAUUCAUAAAGGAGAACCCUGGUUUUAUCGGCAUAAAGAUUAUAGUUUCCAGAGCCCGUUCAGCAAGUGUGGAACAAGUGCGUGAAUCUUUAAACUUAGCUCGUCAGUUAAAGAAGACCAUACCAAACAUAUUCGCAGGUUUCGAUCUUGUAGGCCAAGAGGAUUUGGGUAAACCUUUAAAAAAUUUCUUGCCAGCCCUAUUAGAAGCCAAGGAUGAGAUAAAUUAUUACUUCCACGGAGGUGAAACUAACUGGUACGGGACUGCAACGGACGAGAAUCUAUUUGAUGCCAUAUUGCUGGGAUCUAAAAGGAUAGGACACGGGUAUGCGCUGAUGAAGCACCCAGCGCUUAUUAAAGCCGUCCACCGUAAUGACAUAGCUAUAGAAGUGAAUGUGAUAUCGAACUCGGUGUUAUCGUUAGUCCAGGACCUGAGGAACCAUCCUCUGGCGACGUACUUGGCGCUAGGUCUUCCCGUGGUACUGUCGAGCGACGACCCCGGCGUGUGGGGCGCGAAGCCUAUGUCUGACGACUUCUACGUGGCCUUCGUGGCCAUCGCCAGUAAACACGCCGACUUGAGGAUGCUGAAGCAACUGGCGAUCAACUCUAUAAGGUACAGUGCUUUAGAUGACAAGGGAAAAACGAAAUUAUUUAAAUCAUUUGAGAAGAAAUGGAACGAGUUCAUUGAUGGUGUUAUAACUGAUAGUGAUGUAUUAUUAAAAUUGUGAUUACGACUCUCGUUAGAAAAGAAUAAAUAGUGAAGUUUAUGGACUGAAGAAUAUAUUUAUUUUAUAGGUAGAUGCACUCAUUGUAUUUAUUUGCGGUAUUAUAGAUUAGCUGAUAUCCCUGGUUUUUAGGAAUUUCUUGUAUGUGCUUACUUAGGUAUAUUACAAAUUACAAAGCUCCAAGUCUAUGCAAUGAAGGGCACAAGUGCAAUACUAUGUAAGGAGCUACAUAGGUAGCUGAUAGACCUUUUACACUAUGAUGAAUUGAUAAUUAAGUAUUAUGUACAUACAUAGGUAUGCUCAUGUU